AUGAAUGCGCAUAAGGUGGCCUCAUGUUCUUGCUUUGUAGUUUGUCCGAGCAGUUGGAUUCAUAAACGAGAUUCUUGCUACAAGAUCUCAAAUAACAGUCUGAACUGGAAUGCAGCAAAAUCCGCCUGCGAGGUGCUUGGAUCCAAACUUGCCUCGAUAAAUUCAGCGGCUGAGCAACAAGCCAUUGCCUCAAUAAGUAUGCCAAACAAAGUGAUAUGGAUUGGUUUGUACAGGAAUCCCAGGGUCAAGUCUCGCUGGCUUUGGGUUGACGGAUCUCAAGCUAGUUACACCCAAUGGCAUGGUGUAGAACCGAACAAUUCAGGUGGACAGGAAGAUUGUGGACAGAUUUUCACUGUAGACCAACGAAGAGAAUGGAAUGACGUAUCAUGUGCACAAUCUUAUUUGUAUCUUUGUGAAAUGCGUGUUAUGAUGUGCUCAGCCCUUACUGUUGGUCGACUUGUCAAAACCGAACCCAACGAUUGUGUGACGUCACAGGUGAGGAAGAACAUAAAAUGCUCGUUCUCAUGUCCACAGGGAUACCAGCUGCAAGGUCCUUCCGACAAACAAUGCGGAUCAGACGGUCAGUGGACCAGUAAAGCCGCAUCUGUGUCAUGCAAAGAUACUGACGAGUGUGCUCUGUCAAAUGAUGGCUGCAGUCACAAGUGCGUCAAUGUUGUUGGAAGCUACAAAUGUGAAUGUCCAGAUCCAGGAUUACGCUUAUCAUCGGAUAACAAAACAUGUCAUGAUAUUGACGAAUGUGCUGUGUCCAGUGGUGGUUGCAGUCACAUGUGCGUCAAUACUGUGGGAGGGUACAAAUGUGAGUGUCCAGGCCCACAGCUGAGUUUAUCGUCGGAUAAUAAAACAUGCCAAGUUGAUACCUCGGGAGUUGAUGUCCACUGUAACAGCAAAAAUAUGACCAUUAUCAUUCCCAAGUCCCUCCUCCGCGGUUUCGACCGCGAACAUCUGCGUCUCCUGGAUACUAGAUGCAAGGCUGAGGAAACGACGGGUCAUUUUUCCCUAACAACUCCGCUGACCGGCUGCAACACAACACGCAGGCCUACACCUACAGCUAUCGUCUACUCCAACACGGUCUUGGAAAUCCCUGUGGCUGCUGAAGAUCUUAUUACACGGGUGCGGAAAUUAGAAAUAUCAUUUAGCUGUUACUUAUCCAAGUAUGGCGUCGUAUCAUCUGUUAGUUGGAGGCCAAGCAACAGAAGACUUACGUUCAGUGAUGAAGGCAAAGGAAACUUCACACUCUCUCUGGAUAUGUUCCCUGACAACAGAUUCGUGAGUCCUUACAUGAAGGAUGACUUCCCCGUCACUGUAGUGUUGCGCAAACGUCUGUUUUUUGAAGUGUCAGUGUCGUCAAAUGACAGGCAGCUGUCAAUAUCGGCAGACCAUUGUUUUGUUACACCAACUCAGGAUCGAACAGAUCCCGUUAAGUACGAGUUUAUCAGAGAAGGGUGCCCGAACGACGGUACCGUCAAAUACCAUGCUGCGCCGGUAGUCAACUUACAGAGGUUUAGCUUGGAAGCUUUUAAGUUCAUCGCUGAUCAUUCGUCUGUGUUCGUUCACUGUCAUGUGAUUGUAUGCAAUACAACUGACUCAGGCUCCCGGUGCGUAAAGCAGUGUUCAUCGAGCGACCGAAAAAAGCGUACAGUGGCUAAUGACGAGCACGAUAGAGUGUACUCUUUAGCUAAAGGCCCUAUCAUUCUAUCACUCGCCCAGCAAGACGACAGGAGUGACCAUGUCGGUUCUGAUUCUGGUCUUAGUACUACGUUCGUGGCGGGCUUGGUUAUUUUGUUCAUUGGUUUCAUGGCGGCAAUGGGAACUGGACUAAUAAUCUUCAAGAAGUUACGAGAUAAUCAGUCUGUUGUUGAGCGCUUCAUUGAUGGAGAAUGA